AGUAGCGCGAGCGAGACAGAGCGAGUAAGAUGGCGGCGGGAGUCGAGCAGCUCGCUGCACCACAUCAACUCCGGGCUACGGCGGGACACGCUGUCGUCUGAGCUGCCCAGCACAACACAACUCUCUACCUCGUUCGUAUCGCGAUCGCGAGCCUCGACUGCGUGCACCAGUGUCCCUACUGUAGCCCCCAGUGUUCGCGCGCGCGCACAGUGUUGGAAGGAUAUACCGGACGUUCGCUCGCUCCCGAUGAUGUAGUCUCGUCGACGACGGCCCAGUCGCAGCUUUCUGCUAAUCCGAGUCUUCCGCUGAGUACCUAGUGUUCCCUUCGAGUUUAGGGAUCAUGGCAGCGGUCAACGCGAACGCCCUGUCCAGCGACAUCAGCAGGCGCAAUCCCCAGGACGAGUACGAGCUCAUCCAGAGGAUCGGCAGCGGGACCUACGGCGAUGUUUACAAAGCCAAGAGACUCUCCAUGAAUGAUUUGGCUGCCAUCAAGGUCAUUAAACUUGAGCCUGGUGAUGACUUUGCCAUCAUUCAGCAGGAGAUCCUUAUGAUGAGGGAUUGCUUGCAUCCCAACAUCAUCGCUUACUACGGCAGUUAUCUCAGGAGGGAUAAGUUGUGGAUAUGCAUGGAGUACUGCGGUGGUGGAUCGCUCCAAGAUAUUUAUCACAUUACGGGUCCAUUAACUGAAAUACAAAUAGCGUACAUGUGCCGAGAGACGUUGCUUGGUCUAGCUUACCUUCAUGGUAUGGGCAAAAUGCAUCGAGAUAUUAAAGGUGCCAAUAUUUUGCUCACCGAGGCUGGUGAUGUCAAACUUGCCGACUUUGGAGUUUCAGCACAAAUAACGGCAACAAUAAACAAAAGAAAGAGUUUCAUUGGCACUCCUUAUUGGAUGGCUCCAGAGGUAGCAGCAGUCGAGAGGAAAGGAGGUUAUAAUCAACUUUGCGAUAUCUGGGCUAUCGGUAUAACGUCAAUAGAAUUAGCAGAAUUACAACCUCCUAUGUUUGAUCUCCAUCCGAUGAGAGCACUAUUCCUAAUGUCGAAAUCUGGUUUUAAACCGCCGACAUUGAAGGAUCGCGACAAAUGGAGUCAAACGUUUCACAGUUUUGUAAAAGUAGCGCUGACUAAAAAUCCUAAGAAAAGGCCAACAGCAGAAAAGCUUCUGCAGCACGCGUUCUUCCAAAGCGAACUGAUGAGUAAACGACUUGCUCUGGAGUUACUGCAGAAGGUUUCGAAUCCUAGCCACAUGUUCGCAGAGUUGGAGCCUGAUGAGGAUGGUGCUGUACCUAAUGUGCCACAGCGCAUCGCAUCAAGGCAUACAGCAAAGUCAAGACCAAAGAGCCCUUUUUCACAAUUAGACAGCGAUGAUCGACUUAACUUAGACGACGGUACACUGCAAAGGGAUUCGACGACGCCUUCAGUUGAUAAUAGUCCAGCAUGGGAUUUCUUAGACAUCAUGAAUAACGUUAAGACUGUUCAUAACUGUGAUGUGCAUCCAGACUAUGGCAUCGGGUCCGCAUUCGAGGAUAGCCAAGAAAAAGCGACAUUACCCCUUGGCGAAACGUCGAACGACUGCGAGGUUCACCGAGGUUUCUACGGCAACUUGUCAGGGUCGCAAGCGAGUCCGAGACGGCUGCACAGCUCGAUGGAGGAGCUCUCGGGCAGCAGCUCGAGCGGCGUCAGUGGAGUCGGAGGUGCCGGUGCUGCGGUCCUGACUGUUGCUGCCGCAGCCCAGAGCGGUCAGCGUCAGCGUUCGCUCUCCGACAGCGCCGGAAGGCGCGACGUCUCCCCCCAGUCCAAUGGAGAGAACGAAGUGUCGGACAACGGUGAGGAGGGCGUUGGACCCGACCUACUCUCGGACACACCACCAGUACCACCACGAAGGAGGGACAGGAAGCGGCACACGCCACCGAGGCCGAUUAGUAAUGGACUGCCGCCGACGCCAAAAGUUCACAUGGGAGCUUGCUUCUCAAAGGUAUUCAACGGGUGUCCUUUGAGAAUACACUGUACGGCUAGUUGGAUUCAUCCGGACACGAGGGAUCAGCACCUUUUAAUUGCCGCCGAAGAAGGAAUCUACAACCUCAAUCUGAACGAGCUGCACGAGACCGCGAUUGAUCAGUUGUACCCAAGGCGGACGAUUUGGAUGUACGUCAUUAAAGACGUAUUAAUGUCUCUAUCAGGAAAAACACCACAGCUCUACAGGCAUGACCUCUUAGCAAUGCAGAGCAAGCAAACGCACAGGUUUUCGCUGCACAUGAAUAAAAUCCCGGAGAGAUUAGUGCCCAGGAAGUUCGCGCUUACCACUCGCGUGCCCGACACAAAAGGCUGCACCAAGUGUUGCGUAGGUCGAAACCCAUACAAUGGGUACAAAUAUUUGUGCGGGGCGUUGCCAGCAGGAAUUUUUCUAAUGCAGUGGUACGACCCAUUAAACAAGUUUAUGCUGUUAAAAUACUUCGAAUGUCCACUGCCUUCGCCAUUAAACGUUUUUGAAAUGAUCAUAACGCCGGAAAUGGAAUACCCGAUGGUCUGCGUUUCGGUCAAGCAAGUUUUUCAUCAAAAUAAAUUGAAACUUGACCUAAUUAACAUGAACUCAGGAGCUAGUUGGUUCCAUAGCGACGAAUUAGAAGAGAUGGACGGUUCUGCGACAGUCAUUCCACGAAGAGAAACUCUUCAAGUAGUUAGUGUAGCGCAGCUUGAAAAAGAUGCCAUUCUCGUUUGUUAUGAUAAUUUGGUGAAAAUAGUAACUUUGAGUGGCAAACCGCGGACGAGUAAGAAACAAAUGGCAGAGCUGCAGUUCAAUUUCCAAAUUGAAUCUACAAUCGUCCUGCCGGAUAGCGUUCUUGCCUUUCAUAAGCACGGAAUGCAAGGUCGCAGUUUCAAGAACGGCGAGAUUACGCAAGAAAUCAGCGAUCCAAGUCGAACCUACAGACUGCUGGGUUCCGACAAGGUUGUCAUGCUGGAGAGUCAUUUAGUGCACACUGGCACGUUGAACGAGAGCGAAGGCGCUGAUCUCUACAUCCUCGCGGGUCACGAAGCGAGCUACUAAUUUUACUAGAAGAUAAUGAAGCUGCGCAAAAGCACGAAGCUUUUAUAUUUUGUCCGUGGAGAGCAAAGAUAAUGUGAGACGAUUAAAAAAAUCGCAGCAGACUGCAAUAAGUAGACUGUUCUUAAAGAGCUGCUGUACGACACAGCGGCCUGUAAGUAUUAUAAUUCGAUUUCGUGAAACUUUAAGUGAAAUGCGAAAUCUCCAGCAAAAAUACUCCAUUUAAGCCGUAAACGUUAAUAAUACAGCUUUGAGGUGAUCGAAGCUUUUGCAUUCCGCGAAUCUUUGAGUUAUUUUGACGACACGACGAAGUGCCGAAGUUCACGGGCCAUGGGGGUUAUACGACGAUUUGAAGAUCGGAUACUGGAAAAGGGAGCGAUGAUGAUCUACGUGUAAACGUAACGGUAAAUUAUAAUGAUGGUGAUGAUAAGCUGACUAUAUUGAACGAUGAGAAAAGAGCGAACGUAUCGUUGUGAGUAGCAAAAAAUUGGUCAAAGCCGCAAAGUUAGAUAAACUGUCUUCCCCAUUCUUUAGAAAGAGUUAUCAAACUCUACCUCGUAUUACGUAGCUCGCCGACAUAUCGACGAAAAGUGAAACUUUUGAGUUUACAAUUGUGUAUUGAUCUUUGAUUUCGCAGUGAAUUAGAGGGACAAAAAAGACAUUGGACAAUAAAAUGAUGUUCAACAUAAUAAAAAGAGCUCUUAGUUUUCAAAAAAGUAAUACCAGAGAAAAAUAUAUAAUUUUGAAGAAAAAAUAAUCAGUAUCAUAAACAAAUCGUAUAAUUAAAACAAUCGUAAAACGUACGAGUCUAAAGUUUACAAAUUAAAGUUUACAAACUUCGACGACGCAAAAGAAAUCUCUGCGGCUGAAGCAGAUUGUUAUAGAAUUGAAUAGAAAUGUAUAAACGGAAAAAGAAAAAUUAUGCAGGUAAAAAAAAAACAAUUGAUAAUAAAAAGGUAAACAUUUUAAAUGAAUAGCAUCCCAUAGAUGAAGUAGGAAGACUAGCACUGCGAUCAAAAGUACCUGUCAGCAUCGACCACAAAUUAUAAACAAAAUGAAAAUAAUAAAACAAGGUAAAAAACGGCUUUGCCUCCGCACAAUCAUACCAAAUGAUAUUUUAUUAUUCGGGCAAGACGUCAGAUGCCCUAGGAACUUGGAAAUCAACGAAUGCAAAAGUUUUGUCGCUGCGGGAACAGUACAAAAUUUAGAAAGAUUCAAACUUAGGGUAUUCAUGCAAACUAAUAAAGCAAACGCUUUAAAGUGUUCCCGGAGCAACAAUAGAGCUUAAACAAGGCAUUAACUCCAUGAAAGUUUAUUUCCAAGUCCUACAAGAGGUAAAUCGUAUGAUGUAGAGCAGACAGAGAUAAAAUAUAUAUUUAGAAGCGCUCGGAUAGAGUUGAAUUUCAAUUUCAAAAUUUUAAAAAUCCUUAAAAAAUAUUUAUUCUAAUUGUCUAUUUAAUAAUCAUAGCUUGUGUAUAAAUUAUUUUUUAAUUGAUUUUUACGUUACAUUUUUAAGACAAUCUUAAAUUUUAGAAUAAAAUUUAUUCCUAAAUAUUUUUCGAUAACAUAAUUGCAAUAAAAAAAAACGACAAAAAGAAUAAAGAAACUCUACGCGUCUCGCGUAUUUUGAGGCAUCGCGAAAUUCACCUCGCGAUCAUCCGAGCAGGGAUUAGCAAAGAGAUGUGUUCUAUUCUUUCUAAGCAAGGGAGCCGACUCGCGAAUUUUCGAGACGAAAAGAUGCGUGUGCGGUAGUCGUUACAAUGUUAGCGAAGGGAGUCGGGAGAUCGAAUUCAAAGAGAGGAAUCAAGACAAAAAUAGAAAGUCAAGAUUAGCAAAGUACUUAGAUUUAGGAGAAAAAAUACGUCGUUUAGAAGCGUAGAGAGAGAGAAAGAGAGAGAAGAGCGUUUUAGAGAAUGA